AUGGAACGAACUCGUCAGGGUGUUGACGAAUGGAAGGACGUACGCACCCUCUCGUACGAUGCCUCGACCGACCGACCAGAAGCCCAGCCCGUCACGACCGCAUCUCGUCCAGACGUGUGCCCCCCGCUGUCGACCCUGCCUGCGCGAGAGCUGCAGGAGUCUCGCCAGGCCCAUCCGCGCGUACCGUCGGCCUGCACGUCGGUGACAGGACCUUCCACCGAAGAACCGCGCCCUCCGAGCACUGGCGCGAAGAACGGUGCAUCUUGCAGCACCACGGCGUCCGCCCGAUCGGUAGCUGCCAUCCGCGCGUUCGCUUCCGCGGACAUGGCGCGCGAGGUGCCCGAACAAGCGACGGCGACUCGGGGCGGCUGUCAUCGCGCUGAUGAGCACCCCGAGCCGGCGAGGCAUAAAAGCGAGGGCUGGGAGAGCGACGGGGCAUCGACGGGCUCGAGCGCGACGAUCAGCGACGCGACCUCGGCGCGGGUGGCCGUGCACGGGAUCACCGUCGUCGGGGUGCGCGACGGCGGGAGCAGGUGA